CCUUGCUCAGAGAAUGCCCUCCCCGCUGGAGGUGUUCUGCGGCGGCGGCGGAGUGCUCGCUGGUGGUGCCAAUGCGACCGCGCUGCAGCUUCUGUUUGGCGACGGUGGCGGUGGCUCAGUGACGCAUUGCGGUGCUGCGGUCGUCGGCGUGCUGCCCGCGCUGGGACUGCUGCUCAUGGCGCUGCUCGGCGAGAUGGCCUUCGUCCGACGCAGCAGCUCUGCAGAGCCGACCACCGGGCCUGGCGUGUCGCGCUCCAUCAACAUCAACAGCACCACCAAUAGUGCGAGUUUGCCUCGCUCAGGCUGCGGCGGCGGCGGCGGCGGCGGCGUUGCAGCGGAUGGAGCGGCGAAUUCGGAUGAUGACGAGCGUGAUGAUCGGAGAAUCCGCCAACGACGACGACGACGACAACGAGGACGAGGACGGAUGCUGCCACCGGGCUGCUGCUGCUCCAGCGACAUCAGACACGCCGUGAGCAGGCGGGCGGCGCGGUCGUGGCGCGCGGGGCUGCGGGGCGUCCAGCUGGCGAUCGCCUGGUCGCUCGCGCUCGCAAGUGCCACAGCGCUCGUGGCGCACAUGGUCCUCCCCGCCGAGUCGGCCAGUGCAAGCGCAAGGGCAAUCGCGGAUGUCGCUGCCGUCGACUGGCUCACCGAUCUCGCUGGCCUGGUCGCAUGGACGCUGCUGGCGCUCGCUACAGCCUACCGUCGGCGUUGGAGGUUUGGCCAUCUCUACGCUGCUCAGCGCUCAGAUAGCCGGGCGACCACCAAGCACCGGCAAACCAGGCGCGGCGAGCUGCGUCCGGCAUGCUUGCUGCCAGCGCCAUUGUCUGUGCAAAUCGCGUGUGUGCUGGUCGCUGCCAGUCUUUGGGUCGCCACGUACUCGGCGUUCGAUUCGGGCACCUCCGCGGACUGGUCCUUGUUCGAUGCCGUUCGGGUUGCAAUCUCGGCCAGUUUGGCCACCACGCUGCCAUUCAGUUGCUGUGGGCUCUCGUUGCUCGGAUGGCGAUCGAUCAGGCGUCUCCUCAAACCAGCCGCUGCCGCUCAACCCAACCUCCAUGCCGACUCAUCCACGGAAAAUUCUACCCAAAGCAGUAGCAGUGGCGGCAGUAGCAGUGAAAGCGAUCAUUCACCAGUGUCCGCGGCAUCUUCCACUCCCACUCGCAACGCGAGGCGACGGCGCGCUCAAGAGGACAAGGCGGGAUUCUGGUCGUUGCUGUACCUGAGCUGGUCGUGGCCGGUCAUUGCACACGGGUUUCGGCACGUCUUGCAGUUGGGCGACUUGUUCAUUCUGCCGCGCGAUCUCGGCACGUCUCGCAUUGCCCGCAACUUUAUCGGCACGCUGACAGGAGCGACCGCGCCACAGGCGGCAACCACCUCAUCCAGCUCGUCAGAACCGCUCAAACAACGCGUGCCGCUGCUCUCCGCCCUCAACAGCCAGUUCGGUGCAGCGUACUAUCCACUCGGCCUUUUGCGAUUCUUUGCCGAUACAAUCGCCUUUUCAGGCCCAAUGCUGUUGAACGCCCUCGUUUCGUUUGUGAGCGAUGCCGACGAGCCAAUGUGGCACGGCUACCUCUACGCCCUCGGUCUCUUUGGUGGCACGCUCGUUUCGGCCAUCUUGAACACGCAGUACAACUACCUUGUGGCGCGCGUUGGCAUGCAAGUCCGCGCUGCACUCGUCACCUCCGUGUACUCUAAGACGCUGCGGCUGGGCGGGUCGUCCACGCACAGCUUUACGACGGGCCAGAUCACAAACUUUAUGAGCACCGACACGGACCGCGUCGUCAACUUUUGUCCCUCCUUUCACAAGUGCUGGUCCCUCCCCGUGCAGGUGGGUCUCACCCUCUACCUCCUCUAUGUCCAGAUCGGCUUUGCGUUUCUCGCCGGCCUGGGCGUCGCCUUGCUGCUCAUCCCGAUCAAUCGCUAUCUGGCGAUACGCAUCGGAGUUUUGAGCAAGGAAAUGAUGGUGUACAAGGACGCACGCGUCAAGCUCACCAAUGAAACGCUGGCUGGCAUUCGCGUGAUCAAACUGUAUGCCUGGGAAGACGCGUUGAUUGCGAAGAUUCAAGGGAUGCGCGCACUCGAGCUUGUCGCGCUACGAGGUCGCAAGUACCUCGACGCCUGGUGCGUCUAUUUCUGGGCCACAACGCCGGUGCUGAUUUCCAUCCUGACGUUUGUGUCGUACGUUUACUGGUAUGGCCCGGCAGAUCUCACCGCAGCCAGGGUGUUUACGAGUCUCGCACUGUUCAACCUGCUGAUCACGCCGCUCAAUGCGUUUCCCUGGGUCUUGAACGGUGUCAUGGAUGCGUGGGUGUCCUUGAAGCGGCUGGAGGCGUUUUUCGACAAAGCAGAGUCCUGUCGGCCAGAUGAUCGGCGAUCUUCGGCGCUUUCCUACUACUAUUUGCCAACCGUGUCGUCCACGCCGUCCACGUCGUCCACCGCCACCGCCUUCACCACCACCACCACCUCCACCUCCACCACCACCGCAGGCGUCAAUGAGUUUGGCCAACCCGCUGCUGCUGUCGAGUUUCGCAACGCCACGCUGUCGUGGCUUGAGCCGAACACAGUCACGCCCUCGCUUGACCAUGCGCCGUUUACGUUGGCCAACGUGUCCUUGACCAUUCCAAAGGGCGCGCUGGUGGGCGUGUUUGGUCCCUUUGCGAGCGGGAAAAGCAGCUUGCUGGCAUCCAUGCUGGGCGAAAUGAGCGUCACCUCUGGCAGCCUUAUUAUCCAUGACAGAGCCGCUGCACGGUCGCUUGAAAACAGUCAUCCUCUUUCCGACACCGUCAACCCGCCACCUCCUUGCAUUGCGUAUGCGACCCAGCAGCCCUGGGUUCAAAACGCCACCGUCCGCGACAACAUUCUCUUCGGUCUGCCGCUUCGGCAACCAGCUUACUCUCGUGUCUUGUUUGCCUGCGCUCUUGAGCCGGACAUGGCCAUUCUGCGCGACGGAGAUCUCACCGAGGUGGGUGAGCAAGGUGUCACGCUCUCGGGUGGACAGAAGGCUCGUGUCGCCUUGGCUCGCGCCGUGUAUCGAGCGUCCUUCUCGGUGGAGGAAGGCGGCGCGGACCUGGUCCUUCUCGAUGAUCCUCUUUCUGCGGUGGAUGCCCAUGUUGCCGCCCACCUGAUGCAGCACUGCAUCGGGGGUCUUCUCAAAGGCCGCACUGUUGUGCUUGUGACCCACCACGUGCAGCACCUUGUUGGUGCUUGCAACGUGCUCGUGCGCCUGACGAGCACGCGAGAGGUGGCCAGCGCACACAAGGGUACUGCAGAAUGGGACGCACUGGUGCCCGAUCUCGGCAGUUUCCAGCAGUCUGCCGAUGUAGCACUGUCACUGACGGAACACGAUCCGCCUCGAAACGAGCACAAAGCUCGGGCCAAAGCGCAGUCUAUUCUCGUUCCAGUCAGCGAUUCUCCGGCACCCGACAGCACCCCACAGGCGCUCAUGACCAUCGAAGAGCGGGAAGUUGGCGUCGUCAAGGCCCAGGUCCACGCAAGCUAUUGGCGUUCGAUGGGCAUGUUCCUCACAGUGAGCAUCUUUGUGACGCUGAGUCUCAUGCAGGCGUCGCGCAACAUCAACGACUGGUGGCUAUCCUACUGGGUGGGCACCAUCACUCCGAAUGUGACGCUGAGUGACCAAACUUACUACCUCGAGAUUUACGGAGGUCUUGCAGCUGCCAAUUCCGCGUUCACCCUGGCCCGCGCCUUUGCCUUUGCCUACGGCGGGCUGUGUGCUGCUCGCAACAUUCACACAAAGCUGUUGAACAGAAUUUUGAGGGCGCCCGUUUCCUUUUUCGACACUACUCCGUUGGGUCGUAUUCUCAACCGGUUUUCUUCAGAUGUCAACACGAUUGACGACUCCCUGCCCUUCAUCAUGAACAUUCUUCUUGCGCAAGUGUUUGGCAUUGCCGGCUCGAUUGCAGUCACCUGCUACGGUCUCCCUUGGUUUGCUCUCGCCCUUCUCCCGCUGGGAGGCGUGUACUAUCUGAUCCAACGCUACUAUCGACGAUCGUCGCGAGAAGUCAAGCGCCUCGACACGAUUUCCCUUUCGCCAAUCUAUGCACACUUUUCCGAAACCAUCCACGGCGUGUCCUGCAUCCGCGCAUUUGCACAGGAGAAUCGUUUUUGUGACGAAAACAUGACCAAGUUGACCGCCAAUCAGUGCGCCAGCUAUGCUGGAAACGCAACUGGCCAGUGGCUCGGCGCGCGACUGCAGCUGCUUGGUGUUUUUGUCCUCUUGGCUGUUGUAUCGAUUGCGCUGGUGCAGCACGCACUUUCCAACAGCACCACUGGAAGUGUGGAUCCAGGGUUGGUCGGCCUCAGCAUUUCCUAUGCGCUUUCGGUGACCUCUCAGCUGGCCGGCGUCGUCACCUCGUUCACAGAGACGGAAAAGGAAAUGGUAUCGGUCGAGCGAGCGUGUCAGUACAUUGAAAACACACCCGAAGAGGAGCCCGAUGUGACUUUGCCCGUCUCGCGCCGACGAACGCUUCGAGGCACCAGCACCUUCCGCCGGAAUACGCUCGACGAGGAGCAACAGAGUUUGCUUUCGUCGAGCGUGUCCCGCUAUUCUGGUGUUGGCUCGUCUGAGCCCACUGCUGUGCCAGCCACCUGGCCGGCCACCGGCGCAGUCUCGUUUCAAAAUGUCACUGUCGUCUAUCGCCCAGGUCUUGCCCCCGCACUCGACGGGCUGUCGUUGCAGAUUGCCGCAGGGGAGAAAAUCGGUGUGGUCGGCCGAACUGGCAGUGGCAAGUCGACUCUUCUGCUUGCCCUGUUCCGAAUGGUUGGCCAACAGUCUGGUCGCAUUGUCGUGGAUGGCGUGGAUACUGCCACCAUCACGCGAAAGCACUUGCGUUCGUCACUGACAAUCAUUCCUCAGGACCCAGUUUUGUUUAGUGGCUCGCUUCGCGAAAAUCUAGACCCGUUCUCGCGAUACAGCGAUGCGCAGGUUUGGGAUGCGCUGCUAAAGUGCCGCCUGGUCGCCUCAUCUGCUCAGCCUACAACUCUCGACGUCCAGCGCGUGACCUUGUCCAGGCCGGUGCACGAACGCGGCAGUAACUUUUCCGUUGGCGAGCGCCAGUUGAUUUGUCUUGGACGGGCGCUCUUGAAACAAGCCAAGAUUCUCUGUAUUGACGAAGCGACGGCCAGUGUCGAUGCGGAUACAGAUGCUCAAAUUCAGCACACUUUGCGCACAGAAUUUCCAAACACCACCGUCAUCACUAUUGCACACCGAAUCGGAACAAUCCUCGACUAUGAUCGGAUUGUGGUUCUCGAUAGCGGCCGCGUUCUUGAGACCGGACCGCCCCGAACUCUUCUGACUCAACCCUCAUCGCAUUUCGCUCAGUUGGCGAAUCGGGUCGGUUAGCCUAUCAAGGGUUUUGCGGCAUCUGUCUCACGAGGAAAAAACAAACAAACAAAAAAAAAAAAAACGACGUUCCCACCAUCUUCCAUCACUCAUCUCUUAAUCUCCCAAUGCUGUUCGCUGCUUGUAACAUACUCAAUGUCUUAAUAUACUUUUCAUUUGUUAAAAAAAUAUCAA